AUGGUUUUGGUGGAUAAUGACCAUGGCGAUAGGCAACUGCACAGCGGCGUCAAGGAGGUGCUGAAUUUCGGGAGCCUUCAGGUCCAGGAGGCGCGCUCGUUCACGCUCCUGCUAUCGAGCCCCACUUUCUCCCGCGAGGGCGCGAGCGGCGCGAGGCGCCACGACGAGGCCGCGGGCGAUGCGCCCGCGGUGAAGUACGAUUUCUUCUGGCAGAUGCGCACAGCGGCCGGAGCGCUGAUAGAGCACCCGGCUCCAGGGAAGCCGCCUUUUGUGACGAUCAGCCCCGUGCGCGGCGUGGCCACUCACGACAAUCAGACGGAGAUCACUGUGGAGUAUGCCCCGCCAGAGUCUCACAAGCUGGAUGGAACGCUGCUUCGAAUGGUGCUGCCAGCUGGAGGGUUGGAGUCCUCGUACACGUUUGAGCUGCAGGGCCAGUCCAAGCGGCCAGCUGUGGACUUCUCCUUCACUAGCCACGACUUCGGGCCGUGCUUUGUGCAGCGCAGUGGCGACGUAACGACUCUGGAGCCAGCUUCUCCGACGAACUCGAAGGCGGCGGCCGAACGGAAGGAGCUCAUUGUGACCAACCAGGAUGUGGUAGACUGCUGGCUAUCGACUACCUUUGUGCGCACACCCUGGCUUGACGUUGAAGUCCAUGCGUCGAUGAUUGAGGCGGGGAAGUCCUUGGUGGUGCCCAUUGUUUUCACACCGCGGCAUGACGUUGAAUACCACGAGAGGAUAGAAUUCGUCAUCAACGACUGUACCAAGACAUAUGUUAACAUCCACGGGCGCGGGUGCGAGAUGAGUGUCGAGCUGUUAUCAAUGGCGAUGCAGACUGUGGACUUCGGCACCACGGUCGGCAACACGUCGGUCACGCGCACUGUGAGGGUAGUGAACCGGUCACCCAGGCCUGUAGAAUUCAGCCUUCACGACCCGAACGGACAGCUGACCGAGCGGUGCCUCUCGUGGGUGCCUACGGAGAUCAUCUCGCUGAAGCCAAAGGAGCAGGCCCAGGUCGAGCUGACUUUCCGUCCCAAUUUCCACAUUACACCAUUCAAGCUGCCCUUACGCUACCAGCCCACGGUGGGCCCCGCGCAGCACCUGCUGAACGUUGCAGGCAGGUGCCACGCGUCCGAGGUGAGGCUCUCCGAGCAUUCCAUCCUUUUCGGCGACGUUGUGUUCGAUUCCGCCAGCACGCGCAAGAUGCAGCUGCAGAACUUUGGUGACCUCGGCGUGCACUUCCGCUGGGAGCUUCCCGCCAAGGUGGCGGCCCUCUUCUCCGUGGAGCCCAAGGAGGGCUUCGCCGCGCCCUACAGCAGCGUGGAGGUGACGGUCGGCUUCCGCCCGAAGCGUCACGAGGCGCUGCCCGUGUCGGGCUCGGCUCAGGACGACAGGGACCCCGCCAAGAAGGCUGCCGGCGCGGAGCGGGACCUGGCGAGGCCGAAGAAGAUCCGCUGCGUGCUGGAGUCGGAGCACGAGCAGGAGCCUCUGGAGCUGGUCCUCCAGGGGCACGGCGUGGACUCGCAGGAGAGCGCCCGCAAGGCCCUGCAGUUCAGCACAGAGGUGCGGGAGCGGCAUACCCUCAAGGUAUUGAUCCCCCCCGACGGCAAGAAUCCUACCGGAGACACGUGGAAGCUAAACCCUGUGGUGAAGACCCUGGUGCCCACUGAGGUGGACUACUGGUUCUGCCCGUCCGAGGUGGUCGUUCCGCCGAACGGCCAGGCCGAGGUGGAGAUAUCCUAUCGGCCGCUCACGAUGACAGCGCCGAAGAGUGACUCCCCAGUGCCGCAGCCGCCGCCGCAACAGCCUGGUGCUGCGAAGAAGGAGGCCCUGGACACGAAAGGCAGCAAGAGCGCCGUGCCCAAAGGUCCUGAGCCCGCGCCGCCAUCCACAGAGGAGGCAGCCGCAACCGAUGGCGAGGCCGACGAGGAAAAGAAGGAGAAGGCGGCCAAGCCUAAGACGAGGCCCAAGCCAGCUGUGAGGAGAAAGGACGCUGGCGCCGACAACAAGAGCUUCAACAAGCCUCCGCGCCCUGAGGUGCACACUGGCAACAUCUUUGUUCCCACUCCAGACGGGAGCGCUUUCGUCUUCAAUCUGGAGGGCAUCUCACUGCCACCCAAGGAACAGAAGAGAAUCGCCUCCGAGGCACCUUGCAAGACGUCAUACGUGCAGUCGGUGCCAUUGACGAACUGGUUGCAGGAGUCUCAGCGUUUUAACGUGUCCCUUUCACUGCUCGAGCCUGCAGGCACUGGGGAGGACAUCAAGCUCCAGGGCGGCGAGACAUUCGACCUGCCACCAGGAAGGGCGAAGGACUACAAGUUCAACGUGUACGCGUACAGGGAAGGCACUGCGAUCGUGGGCGUCGUUUUCACUAACCCGAGGACGGACGAGUACGUGCAAAUGCAGGUGGCGUUUAAGUUCGUGGCGCCCAGAGUGCUUGACACCCUCACCUACAAUGUAGCCUGCCGCCAAAUCACCACGAAGUCCAUUGCCGUGGUGAACCCGCUGUCUACUGCGACCACCUUCAAGUGCCAGGCCUCGCAUCCCGAAUUGCGGCUCUCGCCCAGCGAAUUCUCGGUGCUUCCUGGCGCAGGGGCUUCAGUGGACGUGAUUUUCCGGCCACUUCUGCCAGGUAGUGGUGAAGCCACUGUUCACCUGCGCUCUGAACACUUGGGUGUUUAUCCAUAUUCCGUAAAGUACGAUGUUCAGCCUGCAGGCUUGAACAAGACGAUCGUCUUCAAGGCACCUCUGGGGCUCAGUGUUACACAGUCUUUCAAAUUCAUGUACUAUUCAAGGAAAGCUGCGGCGUACAGCACGUCCAUCGAUGCCGCCCCAGGACACCAGACCGCUACUGGCAAUUUCGCCCUGGCCAGCGCCAAGGACCUGAAGGGCAGCUUGCCCGCCGCGAGCGAGGACGGCACAGAGGCGUCCAUCGACGUGCGCUUCCAGCCCUCCUCGCUGGGCGAGGUCCGGGCAUUGCUGGUAGUUAGCUCAGCGGAGGCUGGCGAUUACAAGGCCCUGCUGGUUGGGUACACGCAGCCGCCGCAGCCACAGGGUCCUGUCACCAUCGUGAACGGCAAGUCUGGCUCUGUGGAGUUCAUGAAUCCGUUUGACGAGGCCGUGGAGUUUGCCAUCCAGGUAGACAACCCGGCUUUCUCGGUGGGCAGCAGGGCAGUAAAGCUCGACCCAAAGAAGAGCUCCAAUGUCAACGUCCAGCUGAAGUGCGAAUCGCCACAGAGCGGACGGCUCUUGAUCACUGCGCAAAAGUGCAGCACGCCAUGGGUAUUCUUGCUGAGCGGCGUCAUGGCCUGA